AUGUUCACAAUUUAUUCAAUUAGAAUAUAUAACCUCCUUAUGGUGAUGCUUGUUACUGUCUUCGUUAUGCCAUUUUUAAGCAUCUUUUUAGCAGCUUUUAAGUGUGAAGGAUAAAUGCAAUGCGAUUCAAUCCUUUAUUACAUAAUGGUAAUUUUAUCUUCUUUGGGAAUUGUCAUGCUAUUAAUUUGUCUAAUAUUUUUUGAGAUCUUCCUAGUGGAUUACAACCCAUUCACUCCAAUCCCGUAUGCAUCUAAAUACACAAAAUUAAAUUGGAUUGAAUUGAUAUUCAAAAUUUAUUUGCCAUUUUUUGCUGUAAUGGAUCCUUAACAAGAUGCUGAAAAACCAUUUAUAACAAUAUUAUGUAUCAUGUAUGCGAUGAUGAUCACUAUGAGAUUAAAAACAAGGUAAUUCAUCGAAAAUAGUGUUAACAUAAGUAAAUUGAGUUAAACUUCAUUAUUAUUUUGGACAUCUUUUGUAUCAGUUUGCCAUGCUUAUUUAGAUCAAGGUGAUGUAGAUGAUAUGGGAUUCUUUUAUGAAGUAGUAUGUUCACCUAUUGUUGUCUACUGUUGUUUUAAAUUGAAUAAAAGUCCUGAAUUAGCAACUCAUAUGAAAAAAGAUAUAUAAUUAGAAGAAACUGUUUAAGAAAUGAUAUUCUUGAUAGAAAAUAGAGAAAAACCAAUUAAUCGAAUGAAAUUAGAAGGAUUUGUAAAGCUUCAUUAAAAAGAUUGUUUAAAAUCUGUUGAACAAUGUCCAUGUUCCUCAAUACAUUAAGAUACUUUAAGGAAUUAAGAUGAAAAAACAAAUGAUAAAUAGUCCUUAGAUAAGACAAUCAGAUGGUAUGCUUUUGUUUAAGCUCUUGUAUAGAAUUCGUCUGAUAGACUUCAGACAACAAGAAUAUAAAUAAUUCGUUCGUAUGUAUUAUAAAAAAAGUUAAAAAAUAAAUUUAAAGCAUUUUAUGAGUUGGCAAUAGCCCAAAAAUAGAGACUAUAAUUUUAGGAUGAGUUUUGUAUUUACAGAGUGAUGAAUUAAAUUGAAUUGGAGAUGAUUGAAUAGGAUAAGAAUUAGGAAAUAGAUGUGUAAUAAAUAGUAAAUUUUUAAAACUUCUACAUCCAAUUUGAAACAGCAAUUGAGAAAUCAGUGAAUUUGCAUUUAGAAUAUUGGAGAGAAUUGUAAGAAGAGUCACCUGAUAUUGGUAAAUUGCAAUAAUUGGGAGCAUCAAUAACAUCAUCAAUUGAUGAGACAGAACAACUUUAUGAUAAAUUGAUUAAAAUAAAUAGUAUCCAUUUAAAGACAUUAGAAAUAUAUGGAAAUUUCUUAACUCAUGUAGUUAAUAAUGACAUUGAAGGAACUAGAAUAAUUGACAAAUCAGAUUAAAUUAGUAAGAAUCUAGAAAUCAAUCGAAUUAUUGAUAGUGAGAAAUUCAAAUAUGAUUAAAAUAGUGACACUUGCAUAAUCACAUGUUCAGUUAAUAUUGAGAAUUUAGGUGCUAUUACUAAUUGCAAUAAUGAAAUACAAAAAUUGUUAGGUUAUAAAAAAGCUGAUCUAUUGAGAUCAAAUGUAUCAAGAAUUAUGCCUAGAAUUUUGGCAAGUGUUCAUGAUGAUUUUAUCAGGAACUUCAUUUAAACAAGUUAAAGUAAAGUCUUAGGAAUAGAGAGAUAAGUAUUUGCAUUGAAUAAAAGUGGAUUCUUAGUUCCAUGUUCCUUAAUGAUAAGAGUCUUACCAAAUUUAAAGAAUGGAUUAUAGAUAGUAGGAUUCUUAAAGAAAAGUGACAAUACUGAUAAAUUUUUCUAUCUCAUGUUUGAUGAAUUAUCACAUUCUAUACUAGGAUUUAGUGAAACAGUUUAUGAUAAGUUCGGAGUCCCAGCAGGCGUUGCCAAUGGUUAAUUAGAUCUACCAAUUCUUGAUAUAGCACCUGAAUUACUUGAGUUCUGUAAAAAACAAGGAGCCUUCAAUUUUACAAUUGACACUACGGGAUUAUCAAAUAACUAUCAGAUUGCACAAGAUGAAAGUCUAGAUGAUAUAUAAUAACAAGAGGAUUAAUCUGCUUUUUAUGGCAUUUCAAGAGAUCCAUAUGAAUAAAAUGUAUUGCUGGAGAGAAAGGAAUACAGUCAAAUAAAUGAAAAAACUGCAAAUAACGAUAAAUCAAUGUUUAAUGAGAAAACUAUCACACAAGACCCAAAAUUAAUUAAUCACAAGUCUUUGAAAUACAAAAGUGCUUUAGUAAAGGGAAUACUCGUUGAAGAUUCAGAAUAUGCCAAUGCUAAAAUUAAAAUUAUAUAAUUUAUUGAAGAGUCUUAAGAAGAAUUGUUAAAUAAAGUAAUUGAAGACAAGAAAGUAGAAGAGGAAUAGCCAGAUGUUAUAGAGAAUGUAAUUUAGUCUGAAGUAAGUGGAGGUUCCGGUCUAUCUGUGAAUGAAGAAAUUAGAUAGAUAAAAGAAUUCAAAAUAUAGAUGGGAGAGAAAUCAGAAGCCUCUAAAAUUAUUAUGUUAAACAGAAUUAUUGUUUUGUUAUCCACAAUUUUAAUUGUUUUAUCAUCAGUUCAAUUAGGAUAUCGAUUACAACAAAAUGAUGAACUUUUAAAUGGUCACUCAGCCAUUACAAUGGCCUAUUAUAGAACUGGAGUCAUGGCUGAUGUUGUAUUCUAUACCAGAUAUUUAUAAUUAAUGGCUUAUGGAAAUGUUACAUAUGAUCAGAGCUUUAGAGACAAAUUAAGUUUAUAAGUCAAUCAACUUAAGUCAACAUAAUAUUCUCUUAUAAAGUCUCGAAUUGAUAUGGAAGCUAAGAAGAAUGUAUUUUCGGAUACUACUAUCAAUGUGACUUACUUGUAUGAGAAUGUAGAACAGAAUUACUCUAGCUCUUUAAGUGAUGCUAUAUUUUAAUUAGUCACAUCUGCCUCUAUUAUAAGAAAUGCAUCCUUGACAUCUUUCAUUGAUUCCAAUAGUACUGAAAAUACUGUCAAAAAUGUAUUUUUCAUAAUAAGAAAUGGAUAUCAAUUACUGAGAUAAGGAUCUCAAGAUGUUUCUGAAAUCUACUACGACUUUUUUGUUUUUAUUAUUGGAGACUACGAUUCAAUCUUCUAUGCGGUCUUAUCAUUAGCCAUAGCAUCUUUAGUUAUUGCAUAAUUCUUUUUGAUUCCAAUUGUGUUAAAAGUUCACAAUAUCAAUAAUAAAGUCAUGUCCUUAUUUGGAUUAUUGACUUAGAAGGAUAUCAAAGAAUUAGCUUAGAGAAGUGAAUAAUUCAAGAAUACUUAUCUAUCGAACAUGCAAAAUACCAUAAAGGAAUAAGCUUAGGCAAAAGCAGAAUUGGAGAAAUUGUAAGAAAAGCAAAAGAAAUUGAAGAACCAGGAUUAGAAUUUGAAUGAUCAAUCAAAUGUGAUUGUAGAGAUUAAUAACGAGUAACCACAGCCAUCAAAUGAUGCUCCAUUAUCAUCUAAUUAAUAGCCUUUACCUUCAUCUCUACCAACUCAUAAGAAUAUCGACAAAUUUCAAUUACAAUAGCAAUAAGAACACGAUGAAUAACAAAUAUUAGACUCAGAAGCUAUGCGAUAAUAGAAACUAUUGAACUCUAAAGCUUCAAAUACUUUUUCUGUAUCUAUGAAAUUUGUUCUGAUGAUGAUGAUAUUUAUGGCCUACUUUAUAGUUAAUAUCACUUUAGAACAAUAGUUGACUGAUCAAUCUGUCAUUAUUUAUAACCAUCUGAAAUAUAGUUCAAUCAGAGCUUAUGACCUCAAAUAUUCAAUUUAUUUUACCAUUGAAUAAAUCUUGUAGGCCACCAAUUAUAAAGAACAGUAUAUCGAAGCUUUGUAUGAAAAUGAAAGACUCUGUUUGGAAUCUUUAUAGUAAUCCUUCUCAUCAAAGUUUGAUCCCUAUAUAUCUCUCUAUAAUUAGUUCAACCUACAGAGCUUAUGUCUACAAUCAUUUUCAACAGAACAAUUUGUAUUAGAUGUAAAUCAAUGUUCUGUUCUAUCUGGAGGCAUAUUGGAUAGAGGUUUGAGAAAUUCAAUUACCUCCUUGGCUUUGUGGGCUAGCAAUACUAUAUCCACAGACAUUAAGAUUUUAGAUAGUUAAUAGGUUAAAAACUAUAUAGAAUAAGUUUACUAUAUCGAUUAAGCCAUAGUAUAUUUAAAUGCUUAAUACUCUUUAGGCAUGGCAGAUUUUGUGGAUUCUGAACAAUAAAUAGAGAAAAUUAAAUUUUCUGUCUUUAUCAUAGGACUAGUAUUCAUAUUUUUAUUCAUUUGGACACCUUAUAACAAAGAAAUGAGUCGAUAAAUUUGGAGAACAAAAGGUAUGCUAAAUAUGAUUCCAUUUGAAAUGAUAAAGGCAUAAGAGAGUUUGAAAAACGCAUUUCUUAAGGGAAAUAUCAUAGCAGCAGUUAAAUGA